ACAUAUUUGUCAGCUGCCUGCGACUCUAAGCUCGCACUCCAGGUCAGCGGUCAGUUCGGUGCAGACGCUCUUCGCCUCCUCUCCGUUUUUUUUCUUUCUGUGGGCCAGCGGGACGUUAAGCAGCCAUGGAUGCCAUCAAGAAGAAGAUGCAGAUGCUGAAGCUCGACAAGGAGAAUGCCUUGGACAGAGCAGAGCAGUCUGAGGGAGACAAGAAGGGAGCGGAGGACAGAACCAAGGCGCUGGAGGAUGACCUGGUUGCCCUGCAGAAGAAGCUCAAAGGAACCGAGGACGAGCUGGACAAGUACUGCGAGGCCGUGAAGGAUGCUCAGGAGAAACUGGACCUGGCUGAGAAGAAGGCCACUGAUGCUGAGGGCGACGUGGCUUCCCUGAACAGACGUAUCCAGCUGGUUGAGGAGGAGUUGGAUCGCGCUCAGGAACGUCUGGCCACGGCUCUGCAGAAGCUGGAGGAGGCUGAGAAGUCUGCUGAUGAGAGCGAGAGAGGCAUGAAGGUUAUUGAGAACAGGGCUCUGAAGGAUGAGGAGAAGAUGGGGGUGCAGGAGCUCCAGCUGAAGGAGGCUAAGAACAUCGCUGAGGACUCAGACCGUAAAUACGAGGAGGUGGCUCGUAAGUUGGUGAUCGUUGAGGGUGAGUUGGAGCGUACAGAGGAGAGAGCUGAGCUGAACGAGGGUAAAUGCUCUGAACUAGAGGAGGAGCUGAAGACAGUCACCAACCUUAUGAAGUCCCUGGAGGCCCAGGCUGAGAAGUACUCUUCAAAGGAGGACAAAUAUGAGGAGGAGAUCAAGGUUCUGACCGAUAAGCUGAAGGAGGCUGAGACUCGUGCUGAGUUCGCUGAGAAAUCAGUCGCCAAGCUGGAGAAGACCAUCGAUGAUCUGGAGGAUGAGCUGUAUUCUCAGAAACUCAGAUUCAAAGCCAUCACCGAGGAGCUCGACCACGCCCUGAACGACAUGACCUCCAUGUAAAUAUUUCGCUAAGGAAAUGACAGAAGAAACUGCGGCAUAAAAUACAUCCAACAUUUAACGUUUGUUAGAAUAAAAAGUUAUUUUUCCAA